CCACUUUAUAGCUUUGUAGGUUGUCUCUGAUUUAAUUUGUGACGCCGCUAAUUUUGUCAGACCUAUAUGGACUUCUUACGCCAAAAAAUUACCACAGGUUUCUCAUGAAAAGCAUCGUGUAGAGUUUAUGCAGAUUAUCCAUCCGGCAGAUAGCAUCGAACGUGCCAAUAAAUCUAAAUUGACCCCAUACGAUUACCUCUACCAACGCGAGAGGCGACGACAGCCAGGAACCAAGGGUCGACAGACUGCAGAGGGUAGCUGGGACCGACACUUGGAAGACGAUUGGCUGGAUAUGAAGGACGAUGGAAAGGCGCUCCUCUGGUUAACUUUCCCGGAUUCUUUCGACUACAGAACGAAGUGUCAUGUAAUUGGCUCCUUGCAACCCAACUCUGUGGAGUACUUGCUCAAGACUUGGACUGCAGAGAUGCAGAAGACGAGUCUGGGUUAUCUGCUUGAGCUGUACCGGGUCCCAGGCCGUCCUCGCCGCGAAAAAAUGGACGAAGCAAGACAGACGGUAGAUGACCUGACUCAGCAUUUGCGUCGGGAGUUGAAUAUAAGUUCCGAAGAAGACACUUCAGGGGUUUGGAACUCUACAAUCGCCGUGCCCAAUUCUUGGUCUGAAGCUCGAAGAGCCCUCUUAGCAACAAGUCUGGAAAAGUUGGCUUCCGCAUUAGAAACUGCACAAACACUGGUUUCGGAAGCUACGUUGCAUGGCACCAUUUAUGAGACAGGAGUCGAUACGAUGAGAUCUAUGCAAGAGACAAGAGGAUUUCUUCAACUAUUAACUAAAAUCGUUAAAGACAAAAAUUACAGCAGUCAAACGCCAUUAUUACCAGCAGGAGAAAACGGGCCUGGAGUAAACCCCCCGCCCUCUCCCUUUUCUGCCGGAUGGUCAAAUAACGUGUACAAUACAGCUUUUUCUAGACAGCCUGGAUUAGGCGAACCGCGAUUUGUUGCACCAGGAAGCGAAUUGAGUCUCACUGCUGCGCAGCACGCUCAGUUGGGGCAUAAUACAGAAAAUAAUGACCCAAAUUGGGUCUUUCCACGGGUUAAAGGUUCGAAGAAAACGACUGAAGCUUCACAGCAAAAGAAAAAGAGGAAGAUAGGAUAAGAGGACUGCUGUGGACAGUGAUACACUCUCGAGGAGAAAUGGCCAGGCAGAGUAUGCCUUGUUUGGAAUGGUUAAAGGAUUGCAAUGUGGGACUUAUGUCUUUUGUUUAUUUCCGGGCGAUGGGCUGUUUCUGUGUUUCUGCUUCAGUGCAGUGUUCAGGUUUUUACUUCUAUUUGUAUGCUAUUUAGUUCUGAUUGCACGCCGCGUUUUGAAUCAUAAGCUGUCUACCCUUAGGCUUUCAAGAAUGAAG